AUGAGUCCUCUAGUUGUAGAUACAUAUGAUUGCGUCUAUUUAAGACCGCAACCAGCAAGGACAUACUAUUACCCCCUAGGCAUGACGUGGAAAUAUGUCGUAAGCUCUAAAUCGACAGGUUGCUUUGGCACGACGAAAAAAUACACCUUGACCCCAGAGACAUACUACUACCCAUAUUACUAUUACUAUGUUUAUUACACCCCGGUCGAAUCGUCCACCGUGUGCUCAUCGAAUAAAAAAGUAAUCAAAGAUAAAAAAAAGAAGAAGGACGAAGAUAAGAAAGAACUAAAAGACGAAUCUUCAAAGGAGGGAAGUGAAAAAGAAGAAGAAUUAAAAAAAAGUUCAGGCAAAAAAAAGAAUGAAUAUGCUGAAGGAGAAAGAGUGGUGAGGACUUACCUACCCGUAGUGGAACCGUUCUAUUACACCAGCAGCUAUUAUGUUCCACGUGCAAUUCUUUUCCCAUAG